GUUGAUUUCCGCUGUUUGAGCAUCAGUCGCGUCCCUCCAGAGUCCACCCAUCUGAGCGUGUUGCCGACGAAUUAUCUGGCUGCAGCAGUUAAUGCCAGUGCCGGGGCCGAGCCUGCAAACAGCCACUGAACGGGAUAUGCUUUGGAGGCAUGAGCAUGACGAAACGACGCACUCAGCCCUCUACUCAACUCUCGAUCAUCCCGUUGUGAAGGACCCCUGAAACAAACCACCAGAGACAAAUGCGCAGGAUUGCACCGCAACGCUGAGCCAGCGCAGCCAUGGCGGCCAACACGAACCGCUACUCGACCUACACGGCCGCUUCGGCCAGCUCCAACUCCAACUCCAAGGAUGGCGACAAGACUGAGAAGAAGGACCUGUGGAAUUCCAUGCUUUCGUCGGUCGCCAGCGGCAGACGGCUACCAGAGAAGAACAUCAUCCUACUCGGCGGCACUGUCGACUCGCAGCGCGAGUUCUUUGAGUCGCUCUCCAACAACGAGCUUCGCCGUGCGCUCGACCGAAAUGCAUCGCGGACGCCCCCCGUUGCAAAUAGCUUCGCCCUGGGCUACACCUACUACGAUGUCCUGGACGCCGACCAGGAAGACACACUUGCCCGCAUCUCCCUCUACACUCUGACAAGCCCCUCGCCCGCCUUCGCUUCGCUUCUCCAGCCGCUUCUCACGCCCCAGUCCAUACCAAACACACUCAUAGUAGUGUUGCUGGACUGGUCACAACCGUGGAAGUGGAUGCGACAGUUGCGAGAAUGGAUUCUGCUUCUGAGGACUGUGCUGGUCUCUCUGAGCAACGAAUGCAAAGAGACUAUGGAGGAGGUCAUGCUCUCUUGGCAAGAACGAGGGCGGGGCGGCGGCACAAACCUCGACGGUACCGCGGCCCCUCCUCCCCCUGACGGCGAGAACGAGAUGCCGUUGGGUCCGGGGGAGUGGGAGGACGCUUUGGGUUUACCCUUGGCCGUGGUUUGCCAAAAUGCGGAGAAGAUGGAGUACCUCGAAAAGACACAGAGUUGGAAAGAGGAAGAAUUCGACAUUGUCUUACAGUUCAUGAGAACUGUGCUUUUAAAGCAUGGCGCCUCCUUAAUUUACACCACCCCUUCUGUUCCCUCUCAGCUUCCGACCCUGGUCCAUUCGAGCCUGGGGAUACACUCCCUCUUAAAGAAACAGCCUUUAAAACACAACGUCAUCGACAGGGACAAGGUCGUCGUCCCGCCAAACUGGGACUCGUGGGGUAAGAUCCGAGUGCUAAGAGACGGCUUCGACGUCGACAGAGUCAGCCAAGGCUGGUCAAUAGAUCUGGACCAACCGUUUCCGCAUGCCCAGCCAAACAGCACGGACGCGGAAGAUGGACAGGUCAACGGCGAGGACGAGCACGCAGUGGCCGACCCGGAGUGGUCAACAGUCACCCUUUACGAGGAGGCCGUGCAAGACCCAACCAUGGACGCGCUCCAACUCGCAGGACGGAACACCCAUUCGACACAGCUCGAGGUCGAAACGAUCGAUACACAGGCGUUCCUGGCCCAGCAGCUCAAGGUGCUGGAUGCGUUUAAGCAGAAGAACGACGAGGCAUCGCGUGAGGGUGCCCGCAACAGGACCUAUAAGAAGACGAAUGACGAGGAGUACCUCGUAGGCGGCGGCGACCCCGAGCGGGCCACAGAGGCCAAGGUCCUGGAGCACAUCGGCCCUGUGCAGUUCAACAUGGGCGGGAUCCAGGUGGACGCGGAUGACAUGGUGCAGCGGCUCAAGGAGAGGCAAGCAUUCGUGUCCCCCUCGGAGCCCGAGAGCCCGACGACAGCAGAUGAAGUCGUGGAAGCGACUCCGCACAUGGACACGGAGAAUCUGCAAGCCUUUUUCCACGGGCUCAUGAACAGGAGAGGAGCGUUGACAAAAUGAAAGCCUAAUUAGGUCCCCAUUACCUUUCUCCUACAGAUACCCUGGCCAGUCAAGCCUCACGAUACUAAGUACGGCUUUGAGAUGUUCGUAAUUAAGGCUUUUGCGGUGCCAGACGCACCGCUUUUAGAUCCAGGUUCCCCGUUCUGUUCCUUCUUGUUUGUGUUGAACCUUGCUUGUAGUAUUCUACAGCGGAAGAGUGGGAGAGCCCCAUGUCAGUCGACAGGAAAAGGGACGUCUUGAGUUUCGGACGGUGGUGGCUGCAGUGGUUUGUGCAUGCAUCAUAAGAUAUCCGUGGGCAUGGAUGGAGUAAGACCGCAGAAAUUGUAGACUACAGUAGAUACCCCUUUGGAGAAACGAAAGAGAUGAGGGCCGGAUAUACUACUAGUAGUACCAGUCGGUGAGUGAGCAGCUUUGAACCUACAGCACAACCAUUUCC